AUGGUCUAUGAAGGACAAGCGCAAAAGGAACUACUGUUAGAGCACGCAGACUUGUUUUACCACUUCAAGAGCAUAUCGCCGACGGGAACCAUCACCCAGGAGGACAUCAAGGAGAUCACCGACGUGUUGCAGGAUGACUCCAGAUACAAGAUGCUGGACCGCAUGGAGCAGGACCGCAAGCUGAUGCUGUUCCAGCAUCUAGGCUUCGUGCACUGCCCGAUGAGGGAACACUGUCCCGCAGGAUCUAACUGUUUGGACGCGACGUUGCCGGUCAUCCUCAACACUAGGGUUGGGUCUUUGACGUCCACUGGGGAGUCUCAGUGCCACGCCGGGCCGCCGGCGGCGCCGUGGGCGCUUACCACCGAUUCUAACCAGAUCAACGUUAUCAUAUUAGGGGUGGAAGGCAUAGCAGGCGAGUUCGGCAAACGCCUGCUAGCCGGCUGCGACUCAGAACGGCGCGUCAGCGUGCAAGGGCUCACGUGGCGUGUGGAGCAACGAGUACGGACCGAUGACUUCAGUGCUGACACUACUGCUAUCGAUGAGUUCGCUCCCAACGGCUACUUCUGCGUUUACCAAGACCAGGAGUCGUUCGAAUACAUUCGAGGCUGCGCCGAAAAGACCCUUCUAUCCAGUUUGGAGCAGGAAGACAAGCUUCCAUUUCAAGGUUUGCCAUUGGUGGUGAUGUUCGUCCAAGACGAAGGUAUGGAUAAGAAGGAACUUGCCAGAUUACAGGAGGAGGGACAAAAUCUUGCCGACAAUCUCCACUGCUCAUACAUGGAGGCGUCUGUCAACGAGCUGGGCACUGAAGCUCUGACGUCAGACGCGAUACAAGAGCUCAUCCGAGCUAACAGAGAGAAGGCGAGCUACGCACAUCUGUACAGAGACCUCAUUGUGUGCUUCGACUCGGAUAUACGGAUAAUGGUGUGCAUGUUCUGCGACGACCCGUACUCGCCCGAGCGGGUGCUGAGCCCGCUACUGCUGCACAAGGCGUGCUUCCUCACCGGCGACCGCUCCAUCGUCAUCGAGACCUUCCUGGGCGACUCCAAGCGGAAGGUCGAGGUCAUAAUAUCAAGUUUUCACGGCGCGACGCAGUUUAGAGAAGAGCUAAUACAUGGUUUCAUACUAAUAUAUUCAGCCAAGAGGAAGGCUAGCUUAGCUACGUUGAACGCAUUCUCAAUGAACAUCCCGAACCUACCCAUCCAAAUGGUAGCCGUGACCGACGGCGGCGGCUCUGCAGCCAGUGCCUUCUUCGGGACCGACGUUGGUCAUGCGCUCAUCACCGACGGCAACGCGACCGCCGACCGUCUCGCUGCACACUUCACAACUUACACAUCGAGCGCGGAGAACAAGUCGGCAUUCUACACGCCGUUCUUCAAAGAAGUAUGGGAGCGUAAAGGCGAGAUCGAACGAGCUUUCCGAAUGGAACAGCCACAGAAACACGCCCACAACUUGCCCGAUGUCGCCGCCGCCCGCCCAGCGCCGCCGCCCAGGAACCAUUCUUAUCAUACUGAUCAUAACAGGAUGGAUCACAAGCUAACCAACUCCCUAGACUUGCUGAUCGGUCCCGACUCCCGCGCAGACAUCGAUUCGGAAUACUCUGACACUAUGAACAACAAGAAUAGAGGGUUUUUGAAAGGUUUUAGCGUAUACCCUCCGCCAAGCACUCCUCCAGAACCGGCGCCGCCGGACCACAGAAUGCACGCCGAUCUAUCACCGGAUCUCAACUGUUCGGAGGACUCCCUCAGCACGCACGAGUCAGAUGGCGGAGGACUAUGGCAGCCGGCCAGUUACGGGCACCGCGCGUUCACGACGGGUCGCACGCGUCCGCACCCGCCGCCGCCGCGGGCGCGCCAUUCGCAGACUCUAAAAGUGCACCAACCCGGCAAACUAGACAUGAACAACUACACGAUGGUGAGCGAUGCCCUUCAGCACAUCACGAUCGGACCUCCGCACAGGGAAAGAAAGUCGCAGAGAUCCGGCUGGUCGCACUCAAGCAGUCAGCAGAGCGGCCACCACCAUCCUUCUGGCGUCAGUUCGGAGACAGAGUUAGAUGCGCAGUACGCUCAGAUAAAAGAACCGAACGAAUACAUGGAAGCGCCGUCAAUGAUGAGAUUAAGGAGACAUCGGAGGCACGAGAAAACCCCGUUGCAUCAACCUUCGUUCUCUGAGACGGACAGCUCUGGUUCGAGCGAGGCGUCGGGCGGCGCGGGCGCGGCUCGCCUGCACGCGCGCCGCCGCCACAACGCGCACCACGCGCCGAGGCACUACAAGAAACGGUCUUUAGGCAACCUAGUAGCAGUACAAAGUCCUCGGGUGCCCAAACUGGGCGUGUUUGUGGGCCCGCCCGAACUGCCCACUGGGUAUAGGGCGAGGACACAGGAAGACAAAGCAGCCAGCGAGUCCAGCGAAGGCAGUUCGGACGGUGAGACGAGGAGGCCCAGGCCUCUGCCCUUGCCACCACACCACGAGCCUCCCCAUAAGAUGCUGGGCGGCGACUACCCGUCGUCCGCGCAAGAGAACUCUUCGUCUAGUGCCGCGGAUUCCCGCAGGAGGGCGCAUCCGUUCUCUAAACAUGAUAGGAGGCAUAAGGAAUUUUCGAAGAGCAAAGACUCUAAAAAGAACUCUUCACAGUUAGCAAACACACAGUCGCAGCAGAAUUGGGGCCCUCAGGGUCCCCACGGAGUGCCUCUAUUCGUUGAAAAGUGCGUGGAAUUCAUCGAACGGGAGGGUCUGGCGUCGGAGGGAUUAUACCGCGUGCCCGGCAACAGAGCACAUGUUGAUAUGCUCUUCAACAAGUUUUAUGAAGAUCCAAACGUGGAGUUGGAGUCCCUCGACAUUCCGGUCAAUGCUGUGGCGACGGCACUGAAGGACUUCUUCUCCAAGAAGCUGCCACCUCUGCUGGAUGAAGCCAGUAUGACGCAGCUGGAGGAUAUUGCGGGUGAGUUGCGACGACACCUAUCGCCUCAGACUUGUGGCUAUCGUCGCUCAACAGAUGGCGCUCUCAGCUGGCGACUGCUCGCGCUGCGCACGCUGCUCAAUACUGCGCUCACGCCGCUCGCGCGCGCUACACUCGACUACGUGUUACACCACUUUGCGCGGGUGGCGGAUAACUCCAAACUCAAUUCAAUGGACAGCAAAAACCUGGCCAUCUGCUGGUGGCCUACCCUACUACCGGUACAAUUCUCGGACAUGGGCCGGUUCGAGAUGACGCGGCCGUACCUCGAGGACAUCGUGCAGACCAUGAUCGACCAGCACCCCUUCCUGUUCCGCGGGAAAGAGGCGUUCGUCAUGGUGUGAGGACAGUGUGAACCCACAAUGCAUGUUGCAUUCGUGAUGGACGACGUCUGACGUCAGCGAAACGACGUCAUCAAAACGCAAAAUGGCGGCUCAGAGCUCAGUGAGUUUGCAAGCGAUUAUCGGCCGUGCGGCCUUGCAAUACGGACUUGCGCAGUGUCAGACUUUCGUCUUGGUUGUUCUAGUGUAACGUAUACGGUUCGAACGAAAUCGUGCUAGAUGGAGGUUAUGUUAACAGCUAUUGUUAGUAGUAUUUAUCAAGUUCGCCGGUAGAUUUUUCGUUUCAAAAUUGUUCUCAUAUCAUAACGCUUAGUGUUACCGCAAAGAAAGAGAAUGCUUGCAUUUUAAAAAAGUUUUUUUCUAAACCGCGAACUAUUUUAUAACGCCGAUUAUUUACCGCAGUAUUUUAAUGACUAGGUGUUAUUGUAUCUGCAUUGUAAUAGAAGUAAGGAAUUCGUGCACAAAAGUAUUUAUCGGGAUAUAAAAUGUUUUUAAAUAAUAAGUAUUAUCGGUAAUGUAACGUUUAUAUUUGUAUAAUCGAUGGCAACACCACGUAAAAGGACAUUCCGUUCAGUCGAAAAGUAAUUAUGAAUUAAUUGUUAAUUAUGGAUAUUAUAGUGAUAUUCGCGUAUUGUAAGUUCGUCGGAGGCUUGUGUACAUUUUUUGUUGUUAUAUUUUUGAAGUGCGAGGGAGAUAUUAAAAUACGCCUUUAUUUCUUUCAGUCUAUAGAAACGAUUGACCAAAUUUAUUUAUUCAUGAUAUACAAUUUAUUUACUGCCAUAAAUUGAUCUAUCAAAUGUUUUACUGUAGAAAAAAAAUGGCAUCAAAGAAAAAAGAAACUUCAAGUUGUAUAUUGCUAUCUCUCUGGCACUAACCCUCCCAAUUUCAUUAGAAAGAGACAGCUACAUAACUGCGUCUUGUGUGACCAUUAUUAUUUGGGCCACGUAAUAUCUUAUAUUCAGAGUAUAAUAAUAUGUUUGAGUAUGAUACAUCACAAUACUUAACACGCAUAUUGCUUUGAACGCAUUUAUUUAUAUUAGAUAGUAAUAUAUUAAAACGUAUUCCGCUUCAUGGAUUCCAAGCUAAUGAUCUUCAUAAUUUAAGGAAAAGAAUUAUUUUUUACAUUAUUUUCUAAUUCGUAAAUAGCAGCUUAUGGUUAUUUUCUUGGUAUUUAACCAAAGAUGAAAUGUUUUGCUCUCUCCAGUUUAAUUAAUAUACUAAAAUCGGACCCUUGUCCAGGUGAAAAUUUAAUAUUUUAUUUAAAAAUAUCUCGUAUGAGAUCUGUGUCAGAUAGUGACUUGAAUGGCUAUCUGAAUCUGUAUAAAACAUUAUUUUUGCAUGUCAUAGACAAAUUAGUCACAGGAGUGUAGUUUUUAAGCUUCUGAUACACAACAUAAACGUGGCAUGGAAUGAUGAGAAAUCCCGGGAUUGAUGGAAUUAGGUAUUUCACACUUUAAAAAAAAAUUAAAUUUAAAAUAUACACAUAAACCUUGCCUCAUGACAAUUUGUUCGUCUCGGUCGUUUAUAUGGAGAUUUUUGGGGAAGUUCGGAAAUCUUGAGGAUAUUUCAUGCUAACGAAAUAAUUAUUUCACCAAUAUUUCUAUUAUUGAGAUGUCAUCAAAAUAACAAUGUGACAUCAUGCCUAUCUGACAUACGUUACUUAACCGUGUGCUGAAAUGUUACGUCGUACUGUUAUCUCGUGGCUGUGUCAGAAGCUUUAAUUUCUAAAUUGAUCUUAAAAAGGCAGCUUUUUGAUACUUUUCUUUCAGACUGAUCGCACUUCCACAGUUUUUGUGUAAAUUGAAAAUAUAAAAUGCACUAUUUUAAAUUAUAAAACUUUUCUUUUCGACUGCCAAUUAUGAUAAUCCUUCGUAUGUGAGUGAUGCCAAUUAUGAUAAUCCUUCGUAUGGCCUACUGUAUAGCUUUUAGAUAGACUGACAUACCUAGAGUAUUUUUUUUUGUCCAAGCCAAGUUUAAACGCACUUUAAGAUUGAUAAAUUGAUAAAAAAGGUAUAAUUAUGUUAAAAUAACACUAUUAAGAUUGUUUAUAUCAUUUUAAAUAUCUGUCAAAGAUUUGAAAUGAUUCUUUUUGUUAAGUCUUUUAAAAAGUUAUAUUUUUAUGCACAUUUAACGCAUUUAUUUUCUUCAUAUAAAUAAAAGCACAUACAAGUACAUUUUCUUAUAUUUACGAUUAUGUUAUUUAAUCUUCGAGAAACGAAUCUUACACAUUUUAUGUGCAAUUUUUAUUACUGUAUGAAUGAAUUGCGUGGCUUUUCGAUACGUUGCAAAAAUGCAAUUUUAACUGAUUCGUUUAACCCAAAAAUGAAAGUAUUUAUAAGUAUAUUUAAUAUAUAUUAGAUGUCUCCAUUAAGCAUAGUUAAGAUGUAUUUACGUAAGUUUUUAUCGAUAUAAUAAUGUCAUUAUAUCACUGUCUCUCUCGCUCACACGCUCUCCUUCACGUUUGAAGCACGAAACGUGUGAGCGAGCGAGACAGACAAUAUCAUGUCCAUUAGGGGAAUGAUGUGAGGGAUUUUUUAUAUUUUACUAUGAAUCGAAAAAGACAUAGAGCCUACCUGUGUUUAAGUUUUAUUUUUCUAGAAAUUUUCGCUUUUCUUAGAUCUCAUGUGGAUGUGAACAUUUGUUGUUUUACGAGACUUCCCCUAAUGAUUUUUAAAAUGCAAUUUAUAUAAAUAUUCGAUGUAAAUAUUGUACAUUCAUUCAUUUAUUUUUGCAUAAUUUAUUUAUUGAGUUUUUUUUAUUAAUGAAAGAGUUUUAAAGCCAUAUGUUUGUUACUUGAUACAUUGUGUUCUUUUUGUUUUCAUUUUAAUAUUAUUUCCAAUGCACAGUUCUUUUUUGUCUUCUAAAACUACGUGCCAUUUGUGUUGACAACGUAUGGUGAUUCGGUGAUUCCUAAAAGUUGUGUUGUUUAGAAAUUUUGUUCGUCCGAAUUUUCUUGUAGUUUCUCGAAUGUUCUAAAGUAGAAUCAAUGUACGCUUGACCGGGCGGUGGCUGCUCGCCUGCCGCGCGAUUGUGACCCUUACGUCGCUAGAUUACUUUGUGAUGAUGGUGAAAAUUGCUUGUAUAGGUUUAGGGAAUUGUGGGGAUGGUUGUAUGAGGAAUGGUAUAGGCCUUUCUUGGAAAUUUGCCUUGAUCGUUAGUGAUACGACACACGGGAGGUUGUAGUACUAUUCAGAGGUAUUUUUGUGUGAGGGUAAAGGGAUAUUAAGGGCUAGUUAAAUAAAUCAUAAUAUACUAGGACUACUAAAUUAAGCCUGGAAUUUCACACAAAUUAUUUUCUAAAGUCCCUUACAGUGGACUGAUUUUUUCGGUAUUACAUUGACGCUAACUUAGUCUUAUGAAUGCUUCUCACUCGCUCGCAAUAGAGAUCAAGUGAGUCGCGAUUAUCUUUCACUAUGUACUAGAAAUAAAUGCCUUUUGGAACAGACUUGUGAAGAAAAAGUCAAUACAAACGGGUAAUUUUGCCUCAGAAGUCUUUGAUGGUCAAUAUAGUGUUAUAUUGUGAAUUUACCCGACUGCGCCAGAAGGAGGGUUAUGUUUUUUUAGAAAUAUGUGAGUUUAUGCAUUAUUUAAAGGCGCAUCUUCACUAGGAUCGCACGUCUGACAUUCGUGAACUUAGCGUAAAUAAUACACGACAAUAUAGUACACGACACGAAUCUCCGCCAUGAUUACUAGUGUAGUCGCACCCUUAUGUUAAAGUGUGGCAAGCAGUAAUAUUCCUUCUCCCUCACACAAUGUUGCCAGUAUUUUUCCUAUUUGUAAUGUAGAGUGUGAUCAAUGUUGUGAUAUACGGUCGGGUCGCGCGGGCGAGGGCUCGCCCGGUACAUAAAUUUUGCUAUGUGCGUCUCAAUUACUGUAAAACCCAGUUCAAAGGAAUGUGUCAUAUUUUAUAAUAAAUAACCAUCUAUGUAA